GUGCCUCAUCGGUAUUCCUAGGCAAUCCUCGGCGCGCGCCCGCAGUCCAGCAGCAGCAGCAGCAGCAGCGGCACGCGCAUCUCAUGAGAGAGGAUAGGGCAUCUGCAGAGCUCGAGACGCUUCUGAGCUUGGAAUGACGCCAUGAGCUCGCAUCGUGUGUGAUGGAGGUGAUGUUUUGGUAGGAACCGCUACCGUAGGUUGCUGUGGCGUCGCGUGAGGAGCCUGAACACGACCAUGAAGCUGCUGUUUGUGGUAACACUUUUAUGGCGCGAGGCGUUGUGCGGAUCUCCCAGCGUCCAGAUCGGUGGUUUAUUCCCCAGGGGUGCAGAUCAGGAGUACAGUGCAUUCAGAGUUGGCAUGGUUCAGUUUGGGAUGGCAGAUUUCAGACUGACUCCGCACAUAGACAACCUGGAGGUGGCCAACAGCUUUGCUGUCACUAACUGCUUUUGUUCCCAGUUCUCUCGAGGUGUCUACGCCAUUUUUGGCUUCUACGACAAGAAGUCGGUCAACACCAUCACAUCCUUCUGUGAGACACUUCAUGUCUCCUUCAUCACACCUUCUUUCCCAGCAGAAGGAAUGAAUCAGUUUGUUCUCCAGAUGAGGCCGGACAUCAAGGGGCCACUAGUUUCAUUAGUGGAGUACUACAAAUGGGAAAAGUUUGCCUAUCUAUACGACAGUGAUAGAGGUCUUUCUACUCUUCAGGUAAUACUGGACACUGCAGCAGAGAAAAAAUGGGUCGUCACAGCGAUAAAUGUAGGAAACUUGAAAGAUGAGAGGAAAGACGAAGCCUACCGCUCCCUAUUUCAGGACCUGGAGAUCCGUAAGGAGAGACGUAUCAUCCUGGACUGUGAACAAGACAAAGUCAAAGACAUCAUGGAACAGGUGAUCACUAUAGGGAGGCAUGUGAAGGGAUACCACUAUAUCAUCGCUAACUUGGGUUUUGUAGAUGGCGACCUCUCUAAAAUCCAGUAUGGAGGUGCGAAUGUCUCUGGGUUUCAGAUAGUAGAUUUUGAUGAUCCUGUGGUGGCAAAGUUUGACCAACGAUGGGAGGCUCUGGAAGAGAAGGAGUAUCCAGGAGCUGAUACACGGAUCAGAUAUACUUCAGCCCUCACCUAUGAUGCCGUCCAUGUGAUGACUGAGGCGUUCCGCUUCCUUCACAAGCAGAGAAUAGACAUGAGUCGUCGUGGCAACAGUGGGGACUGUCUGGCCAAUCCAGCAGUGCCCUGGGCACAGGGGGUGGAGAUUGAACGUGCCCUCAAACAGGUGCGUGUAGAUGGUUUAACAGGAAACAUUCAGUUUGACCAGUACGGGAAGAGAAUCAACUACUCAGUGACAAUCAUGGAGCUGAAGAACAAUGGACCUGUAAAGAUUGGCUAUUGGAAUGAGGUGGAUAAGAUGGUGGUGACAAAGUCAGAUCUUUACCCUAACGACACCAUGGGAAUGGAAAACAAGACAGUCAUCGUUACAACUAUACUGGAAGCCCCCUACGUAAUGCUGAAGAAGAAUGCUGAGCUGUUUCAAGACAAUGACCGUUAUGAAGGUUAUUGUGUUGACCUGGCCGCGGAGAUUGCAAAGCACUGUGGUAUACGCUACCAGCUAAGGAUUGUGGGAGAUGGCAAAUACGGAGCAAGAGAUGCAGAAACCAAGAUCUGGAACGGUAUGGUCGGAGAGCUGGUGUAUGGGAAAGCAGAUAUAGCAGUUGCUCCCCUGACGAUCACUCUUGUUCGUGAAGAGGUGAUAGAUUUCUCCAAACCCUUCAUGUCCUUGGGAAUCUCCAUCAUGAUCAAAAAACCGCAGAAAUCCAAACCAGGAGUCUUCUCCUUUCUGGACCCACUGGCCUAUGAAAUCUGGAUGUGCAUUGUCUUCGCCUAUAUAGGAGUUAGUGUUGUACUCUUUCUGGUAUCCAGAUUCAGCCCCUAUGAGUGGACGCUAGAGGAGCCAGAGGACGGAGCGUUGCCACUGACAACCGAAUCCACCAAUGAGUUUGGGAUCUUUAACUCCCUUUGGUUCUCUUUGGGUGCAUUCAUGCGGCAGGGUUGUGACAUCUCACCAAGGUCUCUGUCAGGUCGUAUAGUUGGGGGUGUGUGGUGGUUUUUCACUCUGAUCAUUAUCUCAUCAUACACUGCCAACCUGGCUGCCUUCCUGACGGUGGAGAGGAUGGUUUCUCCCAUCGAGAGUGCUGAAGACCUGGCUAAACAGACAGAGAUAGCAUAUGGAACUCUGGACUCUGGAUCCACCAAGGAGUUCUUCAGGCGCUCUAAAAUCGCCUUGUUUGACAAGAUGUGGCAGUACAUGAAAUCAGCAGAACCUUCUGUCUUCGUUAAGAAAACAUCGGAGGGCGUCCUGCGUGUCAGGAAGUCCAAAGGGAAGUAUGCCUACCUGCUAGAGUCCACCAUGAACGAGUACAUUGAGCAGAGGAAACCCUGCGACACCAUGAAAGUGGGAGGAAACCUGGACUCUAAAGGCUACGGCAUCGCCACACCCAAAGGAUCCCCAUUAAGAGUACCAGUUAACCUUGCCGUAUUGAAACUGAAUGAGCAAGGGACCCUAGACAAGAUGAAAAACAAGUGGUGGUACGAUAAAGGAGAGUGUGGCUUCAAGGACUCCACCAAUAAGGAGAAGACCAGUGCUCUGUCUCUUAGUAAUGUAGCAGGAGUCUUCUACAUCCUGGUUGGCGGUCUGGGUCUGGCCAUGAUGGUAGCACUGGUAGAGUUCUGCUACAAGAGCCGUGCUGAGGCCAAAAAAAUGAAGAUGAAAUUCACAGAUGCAAUGCGCUCCAAAGCUCGUCUGUCCAUCACAGGAUCGACCAGUGAGAAUGGUCGUGUCCCUGUGGCUUACCUCCGUCCAGGAUUACCCAUGAGCCUCAGCAUGACUGAUCUCUCCUGACCAUGCCCGAGCCAGUGCCUUACUGCCAGUCGACACACAUCCUCCCUUCCCCUCUGAAAGAGAAUGGAAAUACAUGUCAUCUCCUUCAGUGACCAAUUACCACUCACCAUGGGUGAUCUGCCCCGAUUUUCAAUCUGGAGUUAAGCCAAUCAUAUCUCUCUGAGGACUCCUGAUCUUACUCUUUAACAUCUAGCCUAGAAAGACUGGACAGAUGUUGUCCUCCCACCACUUGGCUGUCAGGCUUCAGCAAAGACCUGCCCACCUACGAAGUGAAUCACUUGACCAUCAGUGAGAAAAAUGGCUGGUCAUUUACAAAUUCACAAAAAACAAUCAAGCACAGUGGACAGUUUUCUAAACAAACACACAUCAUUGUUUCAUAGAUUUUUGUCAUGGAGGCUCCUCUUGUAUAGAAAAUAAGGACAAUAGCGAUGCUGACUUAACGCAAUAACAAAUUAAUCAGGAAUGUGAUCAGGAAUUGUGGGUAUAAAAUCAGAAUCUUGGUUAAAAUGAGUGCAAGUGCUAUGAACAAAAACAGCGUCCUGAAAAAUCAUAUCCAUGAAAUAGUAGUAAUUGUGAUAGCAGAUAAUGAUAAUGAUGUUAUUGUUCCUAAUUGUUUUGCAUAUUUCUGCCUGAAAAUCCCUAAUUAGUAGAGACUUUUACCAGACCCAAGAGAAGCAUGGACUGGUACACACACGCACACACAUACACAUACAACACUUGUACAACACACAUACACAAAACCACCAGUAUAACACAUACAAUAUACACAGGGAUGGGCAAAAGCAAGUCAAAAUGUAUGUUGAUUCAAAAUUAUCACAAUUUCUUUUAAAGCCCCUUUGUGUAGGAUUUGAACACAUUCUGACUGACACCUAGUGGUAGCAUCAAAAAACAGCAAACAAAUGCAACCCGGGAACACUGAGAAGGACUGGGUUGAAAGCAACACAGUCAAUCCCGGUGAAAAGUGGUGCAAAGUCUUCUACAAAAAAAACUUAAGCCAUCACAAUAGUUUGAAAGACACUAUAAACACAGAAUCCUACACCUAGGGGCUUUCAUAAAAUGUACUACACCACUCAUAGAUAGAUUGAAUGAUCAAACAAAAGCCAAAAUAAAUUAACUGCACACGUAUUCAGACACAAAUUUACUACUUCAUUUGAUAAGUUAGCAUUUGGUUCUUGGUGGUACUACUGUGCUUACAAGUUAUACAGUAUCCUAUUAAUACAUUUUGUAGUGUCUUAACUUAAGUAUUACUUUAAAUGACUUUGACUCCCUAGUUUACAUUUUGCUCUUGUUUAUGGGUAAUAGCAUAACAUUCAAAAUGAUUGUUUGGCUGUGUGAAGCACACAACUCUUCUACCAUAUGACAGUCAGAUAGCAUAUGGCGAAAGGGUAUUAUGGCCAUCCUAGAUCAUGUGAAGUCAGUUAAACUACUUUUUAUUACCAGAACUCUAAUUUGGGCUUAAGCAACAUUACUUUUUUUAGUCCCGGUCCACUGUCAUGACGUGUAAUACAUCACUGGUGUGCUCAGAUGCUUGUCUGCUCUGUGAAAGUAGUGAAAGCAUCACGACAGCAGCAUCUUCAUUCCUCCAAAAUGAAAAAAUUGCAGGUUAGGCGUUUUUUGCAAAUUAACUUGUAUAUUUAUUUAUUUUGGACCAAAAGUAUUGGACAGCCUUGUUUGUAAGAUUUCCGAUACUCAGAGAACCAUACUGUUAUGUUUAUUUUUGAAGAAGAUAUCUGUGUCUUUAGGUGGCAGGGGGCCACUUUGAGGGCCCCUGUCUCCUGAAUGGUUGGUCAUUCUGGUUAGUCAAACCUCAUUCUAACACAUAUGAGUUAACACGUAGGAAAAAAUGUGUUCAAAUCAAUAGUGCCCCAUGCCUUCCGCCACAGUACUGUAGUGCACUCGGAAGUGUAUUGGCAGCGCUCACAGACAAUGUAACUGUAAUGUUGUGUGCAUAAGUUAAAGGAAAAUAGACUUGAAGCAUGAAAAUAUGCGUGGACAGCUAUAUUGAUUAAAAUUGAACGCGCAUCUGUUACAUCAGACAUGCAUGAGGCGGACGACUGAAACGUGCCUGUUGUAGUCGGUAGGUGGGUUUCCCAUCCACCUGUUUUUAUGCGCAUUUUCAAUUUAUGGAUUUACGGGCGGCUGAGGCUGAGCGGUAGAGCAGGCUGUGCUUCACACAGGUGUGUGAGUGUGUGUGAAUGAUUAGACAAUGAUUGGACACUGUUUUCAGAAUCAAGACGUUUCGGCUCCCAUCCGCAAGUCAUUCUCAAUUGACUUCUGGACUAAAUUGGUGGAGUCCCCCUUUAAAAAUAUGUUCAUAUGUAAUAAAUAUGUUCAUAUAGAUAUAGUACUUCCAAUACAUAUGAGGAAUACUGUCCAUCCCUGUCUAUAGGUCAGCACACAAAUAUAGCAACAUAGACACAAAUACACAUCCCUAAUCACCUAUACAGUACAUCAGUACACACUGACAUGCAUUAUCACCUGUGAAACACACUUCUACCCUAACAUUUGCACGUGCACAUGCACAGAGUAUUGUUAUACGAGUUCUGAAGCCAACUGAAUGAUGUGCCAAACAGACUGAGAGUCAAUCAGAGCUCUCCACGCUCAGUCAAUGGCAGCUGCUGAUACUGAAACCUGAGCCAAUAGGAGCUCUCACUGCUGUGAGGUGGACAAAAAACUGUGAACAAAUACCUUCCUUUUAAUAAAUAUACUGCACUGAUGAUGGCAUCAAAGACGAGGAGGAUGAAGUCGAGGAGGACAAAGGGAGGACGACGAGAACGUUUGCAUGUCACUUUGAGUUUUUUCGUUCAGAUGAACUUGUCAGCCUGAAGCUUUGUGCCUGGCUGAAUUUUAGUGUUUAAUAAUGAUAGUAAUAAGAAUAUUAUAUUAACAAUAUUAAUUGCAGUAUUAAUGUGGUUCUUGUUAUGUAUAGUGUAUGCUUUUAAGAACUCAAGUCUGCUAUUUUCUUUUACCAGGAAGCGGUUAUUUGUGCUGCUAGUUAGAAGCUAGCUGGUUAGCUGAAAAGCUUCUCCCACAACAUGAUAAAUGCCCAAGACGUGAUAAACGCCAGGUAAAGUGAAGCUGAACGUGUCAAGGUAUCUGCUUCCAUUUCUUCUCAUGGACUCAUAUCGCAUAUUGCAAUGACCACAUGUGGUAAUUAUCAUGAGAUUUUCAUGGCAUUAUAAUCAAGUGAUAAUGAGUUACCAUGGAAUGGCUCCCAAACAUGUCAACCACUGAGAGAAAUGUGAAAAUGAUCACUCUUCACCUCUGACUUUGCCUCUGGUCUAACUUCAUUUUCUAUUAAACUCAUCAAUUUUGACCAAAAUCUUGUAAGUUGCUUUCCAGCAGUAAAUUAAGUAUUGGAUAAAUGGGCACCUCAAAGACCUGCCACAUAGUGUGGGUUAUUUAUAACAUUACCACAUAUAUUAACAUAUUUAUACACAGUGUAUUGAUAGGUUCUCUGUGAUCUGACCAUUCUCAUGCCUGCACUCAAAAUGUUUUUCUUAAAAAACACACACAGAGACAUUAAACGACACUCUAACAGACUGUCCUCAGAUGAAAAACGAUUGCAUUUGUUCAAAUGCCUAAAACGACCUUUGUGUAUGAUUUAAUGACGAUGGCCUCUAGUGGUCGUAUGAAUUAUGACUUGUCUGUCAGGAAUAAUGAGGCGUGAAGUUGAUUUUAGCAUUGAAAUGCCUCGUGGGGGGGAGGUGGGGGGGGGUGGAUGGGUCAACGAAGCCUGUGACUAACACGGGAGACCACUGCUCAUUUUGCUUUUCCUUCCAACUUGCAUUUCUCAAACGCUGGUUUCUUACCAUUGGUUACCGUGACCGCAAUUGUUCCCUAACCUCCAAGAAGUUUCGGUGCCUAAACUUAAACCACACCUUACACCAGUUUCACACCAACUGCAGAUAGCUUAUGAAAGACAGUGCACAGAAGAGCAGCACAUAACCCUAGCAUCCAGGUUAAGUGCUGCUACAUCCUACAUCAGAAUCUUAACAAUUCUAAUAUAAAUUGUCUAACCUGGUAUCCCUACCUUCUCUGAGUUUCUGCCAUGCUUUAGAUUUUAUACCUGAGACCCGGUAGAAUGAGAGACUAGAGUUAGAGCACUGUGGGAAUUCAAAGAUGCAUAUAUGGACUGUUCCUCCAUUCUUCUCUACUGUAAAAUUGUUGGUGUCAUAACUUAAUGCCUCCAGUCAAUGCCAGAAUCCCAUUGGAUGUACGCCAUAGAGGUUAGCGUAUUUGGGGUGACAGUUCUGUUUAGUUGAACUAGUUGAUGGGCCGGUUGUGCAUCUGACUCUUAUGCAGGAGACCAGAGUUCACAUCCUGUUGAAGACCAACAAUUUUUGUAAACAAAUAAAGGUUCUGUUAACCUUCACUGCUCACUGAACGCAUUGUGUGUAUCUUUGAGGGCUAACAAACAUGUUGAAUGCAUUUCCUUCCUCAUUAAACAUUUACAAAGCU